AUGUCACACUUUGUACAUAAACGUUCCAUUAUUCUACUUGAUGGCGGUGUUGGUGGUGAAAUCUUUGCACGUGCACCAAAGGAACUAAAGCAUCAUUGGGGAAAUGCGGCAUUCCUUGGCAAUGGUCCUGAAAUUGCAAAGAAUGUUCACUUGGAUUAUUUUAAGGCUGGAUCACAUAUUGCUACUGCUAAUAGCUACAUCGGUGUCAAAUCGAGGCUAAUUGGCAAAUUGACAAUAUCAAAAACAGCAGAAGAAAUAUGCAAAAUGGCAUUGGAAGCAGCACAGGAAGCACGAAAGGAGAAUGGAUCUGGUUUAGUUGCAGGGUCAUUAGGACCACUAUUCAAUUCAUACAGAUCAGAUCAAGAUGUGAUGCAUCCAUUUGAAGUUCAAGUUGAUCUAUAUUCAGAAUACAUCAAGAAUCUUUCUGAUGCAGAUAUUUUGAUAUUUGAGACUGUUGCAUCUAUUCAUCAUGCACAGAUCAUUCUGGUAGCAGUUAAAAGAAAUCAACCACUUAAACCAGUAUGGAUUUCUUUCACUGUGGAUGAUAACGAUGGAUUGAAAUUGAGAUCAGGUGAACUGCUUAGUGAUGCAAAAUUCAUUGCUGAAUCAGGAUUGGUAGAUGCUGUUCUGGUGAAUUGUUCUAUGCCAGAAGCUAUUUCCAAGUCACUAACCAGUUUAAAAGAGUUCUGUAUUCCAUUUGGAGCAUACGGUAAUGGAUUCAAGGAUAUCAAUGCAUUCAUCAAAACACGCGAUUAUACAGCCAUAGGACACAGAGAAGACUUAAAGUGUCAGGUUUAUGCUGAUUUUGUAAUUGAUUGGAUCAAACAAGGUGCUCAAAUAGUUGGUGGUUGUUGUGAGAUUGGCCCAGAAUACAUUUCAACCAUUGCACAACGAAUCACUGAUGCUGGUUAUGAAUUGACUAAAUUCAAUAAAUCAAAUUAA